GCGGCCCGGCGGGCAGGAAGGCGCAAUGGCGGCCGUGGCCCAGUGCGUGCGGGGUGCGCUGCGCCCGCGCCUCCCGCUACUGAGCGUCGCGCUGAGAACAUCUCCACGACUGCUUUGUGCAGCAACACAGCAGAAGAAUACUGGCCAGAACUUGGAAGAGGACCAGAGCCAGAGCCAAAAUGAGCAGAAGGUGGAACCCAGCUCUGCUGAAAAAUUACUAGCUGAAGAAAAGGCCAAACUGGAAGAACAACUAAAAGAUGUUACUGACAAGUACAAGCGUGCCUUGGCAGAUGCAGAAAACGUGAGGCAAAGAAGCCAGAAGCUGGUAGAAGAGGCAAAGUUAUACGGGAUCCAGAGCUUCUGUAAGGACUUACUAGAAGUUGCAGACAUUUUGGAGAAAGCAACAGAAAGCGUUCCAAAAGAAGAAAUUAAAGAUGACAAUCCUCACUUGAAAAGCUUAUAUGAAGGUCUUGUGAUGACAGAAAUGCAGAUUCAGAAAGUGUUUAAAAAGCAUGGGCUGAUCAGACUGGACCCUGUGGGAGCCAAGUUCGAUCCCUAUGAACACGAAGCGCUGUUCCACACUCCCGUGGAGGGGCAGGAGCCCGGCACUAUCGCGCUGGUAUCCAAGAUUGGCUAUAAGCUGCACGGGCGCACGCUGCGGCCCGCCCUGGUGGGCGUUGUGAAAGACGCUUAGCCGCUCGAGCUGAGAGUUUCAAAUGCCAUACAACUAUUAAACAGCUGGAUGGUUUCUCUCUCACACCAUGCUUCCCUCGUUCCUCUGCUCCCUGAGAGGUUUAAAUGAGUUGUUGAGGUCUCCCAAUGAAAAUGAAGUUAACUGAUGAAAUUCUCCCGCUUAGUGGCCUUCAACAUCACUGUUCCAUAAGCUCUUCUUCAGUGAACUACAAGAGCCAUUAAGCCCUCUGAUGCUUUAGAUUAGAUAAUGGUUUUUACAACUAUUGCUCCUGAGAAGGUGAAUUAAAUUGGAAAGAAUGAAAUGCUCACAAGAAUGUUGCAAUUUCAAGUUUAUCACUGUGUGUAGAUUGAAAAUGCAGAUAGUGGUUCAAACACUUCCUUUGGUUUUGUAAAAUCUCACACUGCAGAAGUGGGUGAUGUGCAAAUAACCUGCUUUCUGCAAGCACCCAUCAGUGUUUUCACACUGAUGUGAUAAAUGCCCUCUUUUGUCUAUUCAGAAAUGAUCUCUCUCAACAACUGAAACUGAAACCUGUGUGAAUUCUGAACUGUAAAUAAAUGGCAAUGGAGAUUAGA